GCCCGCGCCCGGACUCCAAAGUGGGAAGGAGACAGCUAGUGGUCGCCCGGGAAGGGAGGCGGGGGCCGUCCCCGGAAAUAAUCUCUGCCCUCAGUCACCGGGAGUUGGCGAGGUAUCCUCUGCGGUGGAGAGGAAAUGCAGCCUGAGAGCGAUUCCAUAUUCCAGAUAGGUCAAAGAAUUCUGAACCAUAAGCUGAGCUUAGUCUCAGACCUGGAAUGGCCAAAUAUCAGGGUGAAGUUCAAAGUUUGAAACUGGACGAUGAUUCAGUCAUAGAAGGAGUAAGUGACCAAGUACUUGUGGCAGUUGUGGUCAGUUUCGCUUUGAUUGCUACCCUGGUAUAUGCACUUUUCAGAAAUGCACAUCAAAACAUUCACCCAGAAAACCAAGAACUAAUAAGAGUGCUUCGGGAACAACUUCAAACAGAACAGGAUGCUCCUGCUGCUGCUCGACAGCAGUUUUACACUGACAUGUACUGUCCAGUCUGUUUACAUCAAGCCUCCUACCCUGUGGAAACAAACUGUGGACAUCUCUUUUGUGGUACCUGCAUUAUUGCAUACUGGAGAUACGGUUCUUGGCUUGGGGCAAUCAGCUGUCCAAUUUGUAGGCAAACGGUAACUUUAUUGCUACCAGUAUUUGGUGAAAAUGACCAGUCUCAGGAUGCCGUAUCAUUGCUUCAAGAUAUUAGUGAUUAUAACCGGAGAUUCUCAGGGCAGCCCAGAUCUAUUAUGGAAAGAAUUAUGGAUCUACCCACUUUACUGAGACACGCAUUCAGGGAAAUGUUUUCAGUCGGGGGCCUUUUCUGGAUGUUCCGUAUCAGGAUAAUACUUUGUUUAAUGGGAGCUUUUUUCUACCUUAUAUCACCUCUAGAUUUUGUACCGGAAGCCUUGUUUGGAAUUUUAGGCUUUUUAGAUGAUUUCUUUGUCAUCUUUUUGUUGCUUAUCUACAUCUCUAUUAUGUAUCGAGAAGUGAUAACACAGAGACUAAACAGGUGAAAAAAAAGAGUUUACUGAAAUAUGAGCUAAUGCAUUAAAUCAAACAAAAGGACUGACCCUUGGCAGUAUAAAGCAUUUGAAUAGUAUCUCACAAACUUUAAACCACUGUAUGACAAACAUUUGAUUAUCAUUUGGCAAAUACCUAGCAAUAUAUGACUGGAAUUUUUACAUGUUGCAGGUUCUAAUAUUAGGGUUAGAAUUAUAAUAAUUUACAACUGUAUCUUGAUUGUGUUGUCUAUUAAGUCUCUGGAAAAAAACAUGGAAUUAUAUAAAAAGGGAUGCUUUUUUUUAUAUCUUUUUCUUUCCUCCAAAAUUACUCAGAUUAAUUGGAUGUAUAGUAAGAUAUUGUUAAAUGUAUACUUUAUCCAAUUUUUCCUUCUCAGUGAAUACCUAUAUGAUAAUAUAUUGCAAUGAGAUGCAUCUAAAUAUUUUUAUUAUAAUAAAAUAUUGUACAAUA